AUGCGAGGAGAGAUCUGCCACCUUCACAUCGGUCAGGCUGGUGUCCAGCUCGGUAACAGUGCCUGGGAGCUGUACCUGCUGGAGCACGGCUUGGGGGCUGACGGCAAACCUGACCCUGAUGCCAAAGAUGUCGCGGAAGGUGGCUCUUAUGAGACCUUCUUCACCGAGACUGGAAGCGGAAAAUACGUGCCGCGCUCCAUCUUCGUCGACUUGGACCCCUCCCCGAUCGAUGAGAUCCGCACCGGCGCCUACCGCCAGCUCUACCACCCCGAGCUCUUGAUGAGCGGCAAGGAAGACGCUGCUAACAACUAUGCCCGCGGUCACUACACCAUUGGCAAGGAGAUGGUCGACAGCGUCAUCGAGCGCAUCCGACGCGUUGCUGACAACUGCUCGUCCCUUCAGGGCUUUCUCAUCUUCCACUCCUUUGGUGGCGGAACUGGUUCUGGAUUUGGUGCUCUCCUUCUUGAACGCCUCUCUACCGAUUACGGCAAGAAGUGCAAGCUCGAGUUCGCCGUAUAUCCUGCUCCUCGUGUCUCAACUUCCGUUGUUGAGCCCUACAAUGCUGUCCUGUCCACCCACAGCACCAUUGAGAACUCCGACUGCACUUUCCUCGUCGACAACGAGGCCGUGUACGAUAUCUGCCGUCGCAGUUUGGAUAUCCCCCGCCCCAACUACGAGCAUCUCAAUCGCCUGAUUGCCCAGGUCGUCAGCUCCAUCACCUCCAGUUUGCGAUUCGACGGUGCGCUCAACGUUGAUCUGAACGAGUUCCAGACCAACCUGGUCCCAUACCCGCGUAUCCACUACCCGCUCAUCAGCUACGCUCCUGUCGUCUCAGCCAAGAAGAGUUCUCACGAGAGCUUCAAGGUCUCCGACUUGACCUUCCAGUGCUUCGAGCCCAACAAUCAGAUGGUUGUCUGCGACCCGCGCAAUGGUAAGUACAUGGCUGUCGCACUUCUGUACCGCGGAGACAUCGUUCCUCGCGACUGCACGGUGGCUGCGGCCGCUCUCAAGGCCAAGUCAUCCUUCAACCUCGUCGAAUGGUGCCCUACUGGCUUCAAGCUUGGAAUUAACUACACCAAGCCCAUCAGCCCUCCUGGAAGCGAGCUUGCCGCCGUCGACCGCAGCGUCUCUAUGCUUAGCAACACCACUGCCAUCGCCGAGGCUUGGUCUCGUCUAGACCACAAGUUCGACCUCAUGUACUCUAAGCGCGCAUUCGUCCACUGGUACGUUGGUGAGGGUAUGGAAGAAGGCGAGUUCUCCGAGGCUCGUGAAGAUUUGGCGGCGCUCGAGAAGGACUACGAGGAGGUCGCCAGCGACUCUCUGGAGGAGGGUGCUGAGGAGGGCGAGUACUAG